AUUUACCUGAUAACAAAACUAAACAAUUGGCUACUGCCGCUGUUUGUGUUAAAGGGUUUUACAGUCUAUUUGUGUUAAGGGUUUUAGGGUUAUUGUUUUGUUGUUGUAGUUAAGGAAGGAGGAGCAAAAAUGGAUAGGUACCAAAAAGUAGAGAAACCGAGACAGGAAUUACCGAUAAAUGAGAAUGAGAUCAGGAUUACUUCACAAGGAAUUGUUAGAAACUACAUCACCUAUGCUACUACACUUCUACAGGAGAGGAAUGGGAAAGAGAUCGUUUUGAAAGCAAUGGGUCAGGCAAUAAGCAAGACUGUAGCUAUUGCAGAGAUCAUUAAGAGAAGAAUUCCUCGUCUGCAUCAAGACGCUGCUAUCAGCUCAGUGAGCAUCACAGACGUAUGGGAACCUAUUGAAGAGGGCCUUUUGCCUGUGGAGCAGACUCGUCAUGUCUCGAUGAUUUCAAUCACCUUGUCAACAACGGAACUGAACAAGAACUCUCCAGGGUAUCAAGCACCUUCUGAGCCUCAGCAGACUAAUUACUACAAUGACAACAAUAACAACUACGCCCCACGUUAUAAUUACCAGCCUCGACAGCUGCAACCACCACCUAGACAAGCACAAGCAGUCUACAAUGCUGGUAAUGAAGUUAACUUUAUUUUAGAGUCAUAUGGGCGAGGACAAGGACGUGGUAGAGGGAGGGGACGUGGUUGGAGCAGAGGUGGAUAUGCAAAUUACCAAGAUGGAUAUAAUAAUUAUCAAGAAAAUGGUGGGUACUCAAACUGGGGACGAGGUGGAGGCCGUGGUGGCUGGGGAUAUCGUGGCUCUGGAUAUGGAAGAGGCAGGGGUGGCGGCGGCAGAGGUUAUGGUUAUGGUUAUGGUCGUGGCCGCGGACGGAUGGGCAACCAUCCACGGGGUGGCAGCAACAACCAGGCUUAGUUGUUGAUUGGAGAUCUAGUUUGCUAUAAUACCUAAAAUCACUUGCCUUGGCAUAAUGGUUUUUCCUGUCCAGUGUGUGUCUAAAAAAGCAUAUGAAAUUAUGGGGUUGUCUUCUUUUUCAGCAUCAUGAUAUGUGGCCUAGGCAUAUAUACAUAUCCAAGCCAAGUUCAAGUAGUUUAUUUCCGUUUGCAGAUGUUUUUGCUGUAUUUAUUCAGUUAGAACAUAUUCUUUUGUUUAUCCAAAGACGUCUAAUUUAUUUCUUUA